AUGGUGGGAAAUCAAGUCCAGAGGAAGAAACCCAGAGUUCUAUGCCUCCUUGGAUUCAGAACAAGCGGUGAAAUCCUGAAGAAAAUGAUAGGAAAAUGGCCUGAAUCCGUGCUGAGGAACUUUGACUUAGAUUUUCUCGACGGUUCAUAUCCUGCAAGAGGAAAAUCCGACGUUGAAUCCCUUUAUGAUCCACCUUAUUAUCAAUGGUAUCAAGUCAACAAGGGGACUGCUUUCACCAAAGUGCCGAAGAUAAAGUUUGUGAUCAUAAUAUCAGGAUUUGCACUUCAAGAAUUGAAGUCCGUGCCACCUAAAUUGCUUUCUAAUUUAUAUUCGGUUCCAAUUGACUGCCCUUCUAUUCAUAUCAUUGGAGAGAAGGAUUUCCUGAAGGAACAAAAUUACAAGCUAAUGAAAUUAUUUGUGAAUCCCUUUCUUAUUCAGCAUUCAGUAGGGCACACCGUGCCAAGACUCGAUGAAAAAGACCUGGAGAAGAUAAAUAAGUUAAUGGAGAAAAUCCAGGAGAUGUUUAUGUUUCCACAAGAAUUGCAGAGUGGCUUAGGACUAAAGUCUGCAUUAUAG